AUGCUCAGACCACAUUUAAGCUGGUUGAACCUUGAUGGUUCAGAGAGCGUUUUAGCGUAUACUGCUGAUGGGUCGGGAGAGGUGGGGGAGACGGUGGGCCAAAAAGGGAAUGAGAGAGAGAAUGCGCUUUGUGCUGGAGAUGUGGUUGGAAAGGAGGUGAACUCCGACGUGAAGGUGCUUGAAACGACAUUAAUCUUGCGAUGCUUGGAGGCACGUUUGAUGGGCUUGAUUGUAGCACGCAGGCCAGAGAGAGCAGCUUGGGAUGAGGACAGUUUGAAACGCUUGGAGGGCCAUAUGAACGCGUUGGGAGUCCUUGGUGAGCGGGCAGGAAGGAAACGUCCAGAAACGGAUGUAUCAAAUGAUAAUAAUGAGGUUUUCGAGAGUCCUAUAAUUCCAAGGAUCGUGCAUGUAUACGUGUUGCGAGAAGAGAAGAGGAACGAAUUGACAUACGUCGUAGCUAGAAAGAGUACUGGCCGCGAGCUCGAAUUUCGCACACCUUCAGCAUGUGCUCCAAGAUGGAACGAAAGACGUGUUGACGAAAAAGAAAAAGAGAUGCAAAGUCAGAGGGUACAAUAUGAAUAUGAGCAAGCGAUCAUGAUGAUAGAUACAAUGAAUCGUCGUCGACGAGAGAAAAGUGAUAUCGAAAACCUUCACCAAAGUCAAUCAAAUACAGAACAGAGCAGAGGCGAUACUCGUCUGUAUUCUUACCCUAAUCCCAAUCUUAACUUCAACUUCGAUUUUGACACCCCUCGCAAGGGACUCACAAUUGCACGUGGAGGUUCAGCAACAAGCGACGAUAUCGUGGAGCAGCUCUAUAUGUGGGUUUCCGGUCUUGGAGUAAUAGGAAGGGAAAUCGAAGAGAUGGGAAUAUUUCCUUCAGAGCUCGAGCUCAAGGAGUGGGGCUGGCUGCUUGAAAAUAAUCGAGAGAUGACCGGAGGUGUGAAAGUCAGUGCUUGCGCGGAGGACUUUUCGGGGACUAUUGGAGAGAUGGGGUGGAUAUCUCAGGCCAACGCUAGGAAAGGCCGGGAAUAG